AUGGAGCCCCUAGACCAGACCUACGGGUUUCCCCUCACAUCGGACCUCAACUCAUCCUCUGCAGCCACUCCCUCGCCCUUCCUAUCAUACCCUCGCCUCUUCAACGUCUCCUCCAACCUGUCCACCCAAAGCGUCCCCUUUCAGGGCAGCAGCACUCUGAUGACCGCAGUCAUCUCCCUCACAGUCUUCAUGGUGGGCCUGACUGGCAACACUCUGGCCAUCUAUGUGGUGCUGCGCUAUGCCAAAAUGAAGACGGUCACCAACAUCUACAUCCUGAACCUGGCUGUGGCCGAUGAGCUCUACAUUAUCGGGCUCCCCUUCAUCACCACCCAGAACGUGCUCUCCUAUUGGCCGUUUGGCUCCUUCCUUUGCCGCGUUGUUAUGACGGCAGACUCCAUGAACCAGUUCACGUCUAUUUUCUGCCUGACCGUCAUGUCCAUCGAUCGUUACCUGGCUGUGGUUCAUCCGAUCCGCAGCACCAAGUGGAGACACCCCCGCGUGGCCAAGGUGGUGAGCGCAGCCGUGUGGGCCGUGUCCUUCGUGGUGGUUCUGCCUGUGGUCAUCUUUUCUGAUGUUCAGGACACAUUUAACUCCUGCAACAUGAACUGGCCAGAGCCAACGAACGUGUGGUCGACAGCCUUCAUCCUCUACACGGCCACGGUGGGCUUCUUUGGACCGCUGCUCAUCAUUUGUCUCUGCUACCUACUUAUCGUUAUCAAGAUGAAGUCAUCGGGGGCGCGGGCGGGCUUCACCAAGCGCCGGCGUUCGGAGCGCAAGGUGACGAGGAUGGUGGUGGUGAUCGUGGUGGUGUUUGUGCUCUGCUGGCUGCCAUUCUUCAUCAUCAACACGGUCAAUCUGGUGGUCAUCAUCCCAGAGUCCAGUGCCACAGCCGGCAUCUACUUCUUCGCAGUCAUUCUGUCAUACGCCAACUCCUGUGCCAACCCGGUGCUCUACGGCUUCCUGUCGGACAACUUCAGACAGAGCUUCAGAAAAGUUCUGUGUGUGAGGAAUGUGAGGUGCAAGGCCAAAGGUGUGGAUGACGGCGAUCCAAGCGCUCCGCGCACCGAGAAAACCACAGUCGCUCCCUCCCCCCGUAACCAGGCCUACCACGACCCCCAGAGGAGCCAGAUCUCUCCUCAUCCUCCAGGCUUGCCUAUCUCCCACACAGCAGCAGACCUGCACCGCUCCACCCCGACAUGUCAACCUCCCUCCACUUGCCCAGGAAUCGGACCCGCCCCUCCUCCAGUGGCCUCCACAGCAGCCACCACGUUAACCUCAGUGGACACACUGGCUUGA